AUGGUAUUCCAGGCUUUUCCCGGCGGCAGCGGCGGCAUGGCAAGCUCCCACGACCCCGGGUUCCGCGGUUCCUGGUUCGCCGGCACCGUCGUCCGCCGCGAGGCGAAGAACACCAAUCGUUACGUAGUCGAGUACGACCAGCUCUACGAGGACGAAUCUGGGGAGAAGCUGCUGCAAGAAACCCUCAAUUGGAUCCAAUUGCGUCCGCCGCCGCCGCCUCCCGAGAAGAAGAAGGUCCAGUUAAAGUUUGGCGACGAAGUGGAGGCUUUCCACAGCGACGGCUGGUGGGAAGGGGCUAUUACUGCGGAGCACUCCGGCGGCAAAUUCGUGGUGUUCUUCAGAGGCUCAAAGGAGCAGAUUGUAUUUGAAGAGAAAGAUUUGAGGUUGCCUGUUCAGUGGGUUAAAGGGAAGUGGGAGCCGCGAUUCGAACAGUUCACUCAAGGAAUGCAAGUCGAGGUGCUAACUGACGAAGACGGUUUGAAAGGUGCUUGGUUUGCUGCAACAAUUAUUGAACCUUCGGGUGAAGACAAGUACCUUAUUGAGUACAAAACCCUGAGGAAUGAUGAUGAUACUGAGUUUCUCAGAGAAGACAUUCGUGCUUGCAACAUAAGGCCUUGUCCGCCGGAGAUCAUUGUUGUGGAUGGAUUCAAGGUGAUGGAUGAAGUAGAUGCUUACUACAAUGAGGGCUGGUGGGUUGGCGUGAUUGCAAAGGUUCGUUCUUCUGCUUAG